AUGUCGAGUCCGCUGCCCGUCUUCCACACCGAAUACGAGGCGCGACUCAAGUCGCCCCAUCACGCACGCCCUAAACGCCACUCGAGCCAAAACGCCAAUGUCGCCGUCAACUCCCAACAGAGUCACAAGGCGCCACGAUUGACCGCCACGUCUCUGACGUCGCCAAGCACGAAGAAGCCAACGAACUACGCACCCUCGUACGUCAUCCCGAUCAUGGUCCCAAGGCUUGACCACGUGCCACGUAGCCGCUCCAAGCAGGUUUACAGCGACCGCUUCAUCCCGUCGCGCGUCGCAUCGCAGCUCGAAGAAGGCUACUGCGUCCUCUCCGAGCCACCGUCGAAGAAGCAGCACAUGACUCUCGACGCCGAGCCGACGACGCCGGUGCAGUCGUCGAAAAGCCGCGCAGCGUUCUCACUGGCGCUGCAAAGCGAGCUCCUCGGCUUGCCGUCGCCGCGCUCGCCAAGCACGAUGGCCUUCAACUUCAACGUGGACAGCAACCCAUGGGAGGCCGUCGGCAGCGGUGCAUCGAGCCCCAACCUGCUGCGCUUCCAGUCCCCCCGCGUUCAAGAGACAAGCCCGACCGAGGCGAUGGCCUUCGUGUCGCGCUUGGGGCGAGCCCACCUGAGCGAAACUGCGUCGUCCAAAGAGCGCAAGAUCCCCAAAGCGCCGUUCAAGAUUCUGGAUGCGCCGUCGCUUCAAGACGAUUUCUACCUCAAUCUUGUCGACUGGUCAGCCCUCAACAUCCUCGCCGUCGGCCUCGGCGCGUCCGUGUACCUCUGGAGUGCGUGCACGAGCAAGGUCACCAAGCUGUGCGACCUCGGCACCGCCGACUCGGUGACGUCCGUUGCUUGGACACAGCGGGGUACGCAGCUGGCUGUCGGGACGCAUUCGGGCCAAGUGCAGCUCUGGGAUACGAUCGAGUGCAAGCUUCUGCGCACACUCCAGGGGCACGACGAACGUGUGGGGGCGCUGGCGUGGAACUCCCAGCUCCUUGCGUCGGGCAGCCGGGACAAGACCAUCUACCUGCGCGACAUGCGCAUGCCCAUCGACUUUACGACCAAGCUCGUGGGCCACAAACAAGAAAUCUGCGGCUUAAAGUGGUCGUUCGACGACCAACAGCUCGCGUCGGGUGGCAACGACAACAAGCUUAUGAUCUGGAACUGCCACGCGACCCACCCGGUGCUCAAGUUUGCCGACCAUACGGCGGCCGUCAAAGCGAUCGCGUGGUCGCCGCAUCAGUCGGGGCUUUUGGCGUCCGGCGGUGGCACCGCGGACCGCUGCAUUCGGUUCUGGAACACCCACCACGGCUCGCGCCUCCAGAGCCUCGACACGGGCAGCCAAGUGUGCAACCUCAUGUGGUCCAAGAACAGCAACGAGGUCGUGAGCACGCACGGCUACUCGCUCAACCAGGUGAUUGUGUGGAAGUACCCGACGAUGACCAAAGUCGCGACACUGACGGGCCACACGUACCGCGUCCUGUACCUCGCCAUGUCGCCCGACGGCCAAACCAUCGUGACGGGCGCCGGCGACGAAACCCUUCGGUUCUGGAAUGCCUUUCCGAAUGCGGGCCCGCGCAAAUCAGCGCCGUUCGCUUCGUCGCUUCACUUUCCCAGCGGCGGCGAGAUUCGCUAGCCAGACCAUGACUAACUUAUGACACCAAUACUUACCGAUAUCGUAACACGU